UUGCAUCUCUCGCCGCGAAGUCCAGGCACUCGGUGUUGGAGGCAAUUCGGCCACCGAGCUAGUCCGCCAUGUCCAUGAUACCAUCAUCGAGCGAAGUUCUUCGCACGUCACGUCCAAAAGCGACUGUUUCAGACCCAUAACACCUGCUUCGAACAAAGCUGACCCACGAGCGAACCAUGAGUGGCUGCGGUCGGGAGGAAUAGUUUCUGGCUAUCAGACAGCAUAGGAAGCAAUCGGACGCGGCUUCUUGAGCAAGGGUAGCUGUUUCACGAAUAUGACUCAGAUACGCUGUUUCUUGGAGGCACUCGCGACGAGGGCAAAAGGUCAUAAUCCACAACCAGCUAGCGCGACUUGAGAAUCAGGCACAUCUUAUUUGACGGAUUUCAAUCCAUCUUGAGAGGCAGCCAUCUAGAUUACCGAGCAAGAAAUGAAGAUCCUCGAUGAUAAGGAGCGAAUCCCAUGGUCGUAUGGGACUAGGAAGGUGCGUCACGUGCAAAGUCUCCGGUGGAUUGAAAUAGAUCACGAGAGAGAGAGAGGAUCAAACUUGAGAGCUCUCUCCAUAUUUCAUUAAAAUACGCGAAAUAACAGGUCCUGCUGAGAUUGGCGAAGGUAGUUUCAUAUCUCCCUACAUGGGUAGGUUACCCCGACAUGACAGAAUUUGCUUGCCGUCCACUGAUCUCCACUGAUUCGACAUUUGACUGGUCAGCUGUCACCGCCACCAGUGAUCAGCCUUGUUCCUCUUAGUCUCUGACCUUCGUUGAAGCAAAGAUGCCACAGUUUUCUCAAUCCGCAAGCGAGCCUCCCUCUCAUUCAGACUGCCAUGCCGCGAGCUAGUGUUUCCUCCUCUGCUUCGCAGCCCGCUGGAGCUCCGCCGACCAACUUCCUUUGCGACGCUUGCCAGGUGUCCAUUCCGGGGACCGCACCACGGGCACACUGUCUCAUCUGUCCGGAUCAUGAUCUGUGUGCAGCGUGCACGCUCGGCGAGCGCUUCGUUGGUGCGCACACAGCGGCACACGCAAUGGAGGUGUACCGCAUCUGCGGCGAUAGUGCAAUUGGGGUGGUGAGGGGAAACUGGGUACUAGCAUACACUGCCGCGCAGCCUUUGCACACGUCGGCCUCAUCUCCGACCAGCGGUAUCGGCGAGAUCGAUGCUGGUGGCACGAUGUCUCCGGGUGCGGACACUAGUCCAGACAGUGCUUCAUCCAGUGCAACAAGGAUUUCUACCUCUACCGCUUCUGCUGCACCACCCACCGGUCUCAAUGGAUGGGGGCCAUUCUUCUCGCCUGCCGACCUGAGUCAUACACGAAUCUAUGCCGAGCUUAUCAUGGCAAUCUUCGAGCAUCUCGACACAGCACGUUCCGGUUACUUGCCGCCAGAGGGCUACUCUCGAAUGAUCGACGACAUGCAAUAUCCACUUCACAUCAACAUCUGGAAGAAGAAUCUGACUCAAAGUUCGUUCCUCCAGAGCCGCGAAGCUGCUGCAGAUGCCGCUCUCCGCGCAGCGUACGACACCUUCGGUCUAGAAUACAUCACCCAGAGCCGACCACGUGCCAAGUCGUCCGGGCGCUUUUCAGGUCUUCAGUCACUGGCAAGCCCAGCCACGCCGAUGCCGCUCCUCACUGCAAGAGGUCUGGGCAACGUCAUUGCCAUAGAGCUGCUGUCCAACCCAAACGACGCCUUUCCGCGGCUGGCCAGAGCUGUCCAAGCGUACGGACUUUAUUCGAAAGAGCCAUAUGCGAGCUGGGGCGCGAUGCCACGCAGAGUUCUACCCGCCUCGCCGGAUCCGAGGAUGUUGGCUCGAGUUCAACAGGCACAGAUGAGUGCUGUACAGACGGCCACCAUGAAUGCCCAAUUGACUGCUCAGGCGGAUCUCGCUGCUGUCAACAUCCUCAGCGACUCGCAGUGGGAGAGGAGACGUUAUUGAGCGUUUGGUGGGAUGACCCGUUACCUCCUCGUCUCGGCGAUUACACCAUGUUGCCACCGAUGUGAAUGCAGUUUUGAAUACCCAUACCAUAUCUCUUACUCGGCAAUACUCGAGAUUCAAGAUCCUGUAUGCUGUCCUGGGGGCACCGUUCUUCUCAUAGUGGGCAGAACUAUCCCAUCGAGUCCACGAACUCGAGUCACUCGAUCAGGCGUGUCGGUGUUGACCGAUUCAGUGAACAGCCAGCGUUAUCGCAGCUCGCAUAUUACAUAUAAUUCAGUUGCGAAGCACGGAAUCGACGGUUCUGGAUACAUGGAACGUACAUCCAACACCAAUACAGAUUGUGUUCAUGACAGUCGCAAGCACGUUAGAACGCGAAGUAAUGUACGAACUUCGCAGUGGGUCUCCUCUCCGUGGUCACUUCCCCCUCCGCAAACGGCGCCACAAAAGCUUUAUCGUCAAUGAGCACCUCAGCCCCGGAGCGCGGUAGCGCGUUGAGUUGAUUCCACGUCUGGCGCGAUCUCGGCGUUGUCGCACUUGACUCCAGGUAAUUGAACCUAUCAAUGACGUACCACACCGGGAACUCAGCCAGGAUUCCCGUAGCAUUGGGGGAAAUGUGCAUGUAUUGAGGGUGGCUGAAUAUCAGGUGUACGAGGUACUGCGGGGCGGUAUUUGAGCUGACAUGGUACAACGAUUCACGAAAGAACAAGUACCCACUUCGCGACCCAUGUUGGGGAACCGGUAGCUAGGAUGGGUGCAUG